AUGCCGCAAGAAAAUAAAGAUUUUGAGACAGAAGAGAUCGUUGAUUUGACAGGAGUGAGCGUUGAGAAAUGCCGAGUUUGUGCCGGAGUGCCUGCCUCGAAAAACUAUGGGUCGAUCACGUGUGCAAGCUGCAAAAACUUCUUUCUUCGGGUUACCACUGCCGGCGUGGAAGUAGGCGAGUGUAAGAAUCUUCAUCUCUGCAGUCAGCAAAACUUUCGGGGAGCUGGGAAAGCCAAAUGCACUCCUUGUCGCUACGAGAAAUGCAUCGAGGUGGGGAUGAUACCGGAAAUAAUAUUGGAUUUCUCAUAUUUCACUGAUCGAACCCUAAACGAUGCCCUUAACAAUCCGGCUACCGUAUGCUCAAGAGUUCCGAUAGGAUACAAUCGAACGGCUGAUCUCCAAAUCCCUCCACAUCUUUUGCCAACGAUGAGCGCUCGUUCAUUCACUCGAUCACUCGUUCUCUUCGCUGAUUGGUGUCGAGGAGUGAAAGAGUUUUGGGAAUUAGAGGAGAACGAUCGAAUUCUCCACCAAAAGAUGAUCCCCGAGUACAAUCGAAUGGUGAUGGUUCAAGUUCAAGGGAUUGGAGGGAUUUUGCCACUCGACUUUUUCCGAAGACUU